CCAAAACGACUUUUCCAACUUGACCUUAGGCACUGGGGAGGAGGAGCUUGUUUUGUCAACAGAAAGAUUUUCCGGCAAGCUGAAAAGCAUGGACUGCAAUGCCAAUAGCAGCAUCGCCAUGUCCUUCAUCUCAAACUCCACUUACAAAAGCGCGAUGGCUUUUUGGAAUUGGGUUCACUUCAGCGAAGAGCGAAGCUUCAUCCUGAUCACAAACUUUGAUGGCUGCAGUAUGGACAAGGUUCGACAGCCAUGGAUUGUUAGCAAUGUCGACUACGACCCCGCACAGCUUAUGGUACACCUGAACGCUACGCAAAAUUUUUGGCCUGAGAUUGCGCAGACAUUCAGUCUAGACUUCGGAAAAUACAUGCCCUCACCUCAGCCGGGCCAAAAACGUUCAAUCAUCGAUGUCACCCAGAGUUUCUCCAUUAACCUCAACCAUCCACUACCACAAGCCUUCUACCAGACACAGCAAUGUCCGACUACCUUCCCGAUAGCUUCCUCGCUUCGAAAUUGAUUGCAACAUUUGCAGAAGUAAAGGCACCCUCGAACUCCAAGGCCACAUCGAGUCCGACAUUUUCAGCGGGAUUUUAGACUUCACACUCACCUACAUUCUACGCUCCAUCUCAGCCGUCCUCGACCUGAAAGUGAUCGCCACCGGCACCGCGCCAACUUCAAAAUGCGGUCACUAAUGGGACCUCUUCACCAUUGGCAUUCCCGCUCUUUCUAUCCCCGAUGUUUUGAAGCUCGGACUAAACCUAGAUGUCAGCGUAGGUUUUGAUGUGACAAAGCUUUCGGGGAGUAUGAGCCUUGAAACCGGGGUGACGGGUGCAAUCUCUAACUCGGCGAGAGCGGAGGUUGAUUUGGUGAAGAAGACGAAGUUGGAUAUAAAAGGGUGAACACCGCCGUCACAGAAGUCACAUGUCUCAAAUAAC